AUGGCAGAAGCAAGAUGGUCUCUCAAUGGCAUGACCGCGCUAGUCACUGGUGGAACCAGAGGCAUCGGGUACGCAAUCGUGGAGGAGCUUGCAGGGUUUGGGGCGAGAGUGCACACGUGUUCCCGCAACGCGAAAGAGCUGAACGACAGAGUGCUGGAAUGGAAGAGCAAAGGGUUCCAAGUCACCGGCUCCGUCUGCGACUUGAGUUCCAUCUCCGACCGACGGAAGCUCAUGGAGACGGUGUCUUCAGUGUUCGACGGAAAGCUCAACAUCCUCGUGAACAACGCGGCUAGCAUCGUCAUGAAAAGCUGCCUGGAUCACACAUCAGAGGAUUGCUCGAGCGUGGUUGGCACCAAUCUGGAGUCGCCGUACCAUCUCUGCCAAUUGGGACAUCCUCUGUUGAAAGCUUCUGAACAGGGGAGUGUCGUAUUCAUCUCCUCUGUUGCUGGGUUGGUUUCUUUGCCAAUGGUAUCCGUUUACUCAGCAACCAAAGGGGCAAUCAAUCAAUUGACGAGGAACUUGGCAUGUGAAUGGGCAAAGGACAACAUACGGACCAACGCAGUGGCUCCCGGUUCAAUCAGGACCACGAUGACAGAGCCUGAUCCUGAGAUGAUGAAAAGAUACACGGGUUUCUUCAACAAGAUUCCGGUGAGCCGAAUGGGAGAGCCGAAGGAGGUGGCUUCAAUGGUGGCGUUCCUUUGUUUUCCAGCUGCUUCUUACAUCAAUGGCCAGGUCAUUGCCGUCGAUGGUGGAUUUACGGCGAAUGGCUUUUAG